AUGAGUGAAGGCAAGGUCGUUCUGGUCACAGGAUGUGCUAAAGGGGGCAUCGGUUAUGAAUAUUGCAAGGCAUUCGCCGAGCAAAAUUGUCGUGUUUUCGCAUCUGACAUCCCCACCCGCAUGCAUGAUAUGUUAGAAUUAGAGUCGGUCGACAAAAUUGAGACACUUGAGCUUGAUGUUUCAUCAGAGGACAGUGUCUCAUCGGCUGUGAAUUCUGUGAUAUCAAAAUGUGGCAGAAUAGACGUAUUGAUCAAUAAUGCAGGAAUAGGAAGUGCUGGCCCUUUAGCUGAGCUGCCGUUGGAGGUAGUGAGAAAAGCGUACGAAGUCAACACUUUGGGGCAAUUAAGGAUGGUUCAACACGUAGUCCCUCAUAUGGCUUCUCAGAGAUGUGGUAGCAUAGUGAAUAUCGGGAGCGUUGUUGGAAAAGUGCCAACCCCGUGGGCUGGCUCCUAUUGUGCUACCAAAGCUGCAGUACAUGCCAUGUCCGACGCUUUGCGGGUCGAGCUGUGGCCAUUUAAUGUCGAUGUGAUCUUGGUGCUUCCGGGUGCUGUAAGAUCAAAUUUUGGUGACACCAACAUGGAGAAAUUGGGAAACUAUGAUUGGAAACUUUAUAAAGAAUUCAAGGAAGCUAUUGCCGAGCGAGCAAGGGCUUCCCAGGGUAGCAAAGCAACAGAUGCAGCCCUUUUUGCUAGACACGUAGCAAAGAAAGUAUUGAGUCCUAGACCACCAAAGCAGGUUGUGUUUGGUCACAUGACUGGGUUGUUUGCUCUGCUUUCGUGGUCGCCCCUUUGGGCUAGAGAUCUCUUUUUCUCUACUCGAUUCAAGCUAAAUAAGAAAGCCUUCCUGUAA